AUGACUACCGACUCUACCAUUCGUAACGUGGCCUGGUAUGGUACGGGCAAUUUAGGCAGGCCGAUCCUGCAACAUCUUGCAUCGACACAGAAAUUCAACAUCACCCUUCUCGUGCGCCGUGAGCCUGCUUCGUACGACAAUCUGCCGAGCAACAUUACGAUAAAGCAAAUUGAUAUCUCAAAGCGGUCCAGUCUCGUCGAUGCACUGGCAGGGAAUGAUGCUACGGUUGUCUUUACCAGCAUGCUACCAUACAACAACAUGGACGGCCUCCAACUAGAACUGAUCAACGCCUCUAUAGCAGCUGGAGUCAAGUUCUUUGUCCCAUCAGAAUGGGGACCCGACACAGCGGGAGGAAACGGGGCAACGACUUUCAGGAUCGGUCCGGAUACCUUACCUCCAACCCCUAUCAUCGCAAUGAAAAGGGCGGUGCACAAUUAUCUGCUUGUCCGAUCAGCCGAGAGCAAGAUCAACUUUGCAACCCUGCAUACCGGCAAUAUGCUCCUCAACGUGAACGUAUUUGCAUCCAUCGAUGUCCAGAAACGUACCGCGCUUCUUCCUGAAGGCGGUCGCCACCUAUUCUCUGUUACGAGCCAAAAGACACUGGGUAAUGCAUUGGUCAACCUACUCUCAAGGUACCCUGAAAACAAAAACACUUUCCACUACAUCUGUGAUGGCGAGACAAGUCUGCAUCAAAUCGUGCUAGCUGUGCAAAAAGCAUCAGGAUCACAAGAGCCGUGGGAUAUCUCUUCAUUCUCACUGGAGGAGAACAAGAGGAAGGCUGACGCAAACCUGAAGGAGGGGAGAAUGACACUACAGGAAUUUUUUGGUGUGCUUGGCGUGCCAUUCACUGGGCCACUCACGGUUUGGACCAACCCUGACAAUCGUAUCUUAGGGCUUGAGGAUCCGAGCAGUGCAAAGGCCCAGGAGAUUGUAGACAAGGUGGCUCUGUCACUUUUAGCUCAGCAGUCAUAG